AUGUAUUCUUUGUUGGCUUUCACUCUAGUUUUCAACUUGCUCUCCACUUAUGCUCAAAACGAUCCAUCAGAGAAUGCUGAAUAUUGGAACGAGUUGGCUGCUGAAAGACUGAGAGAAAAACUUCGAUUAAGACCUUUAGCUGGUCCUUUCCCCAAAAAUGUCAUAUUUUUCUUGGGCGAUGGCAUGGGUUCAACAGUUAUAACAGGUGCUAGAAGGCUAAGGGCUCAGAGAGAAAAUGGAAAGUAUUUAAACCGACCGCUGAACAUGGAAGAGUUCGAGUUUACGGGUUUAGUGAAGACAAGUUCAUAUGAUAAACAUGUAACAGAUUCGGCAGCGGGUGCUGUAGCUUUAUUCACAGGUUAUAAGGUUCUUCAAAAGUCUUUGGGUACUUUUCCUGGAAAUACCACUAAUAUUGUUUUCGAUGCGGGGGAGGCUCCCGAUUGUGCAAUAGAUUCAAAUUAUUUUAUAAAUGAUGGAAUAGCUGAAUUAGCUGUCAAUAAAAACAAAAACGUUGGAUUUGUGACGACAACGCGGAUAACCCAUGCAACGCCGGCCGCCUUAUAUGCAAAGGGUGUGAACAGAUAUGUUGAAUCCGAUGAUGAGUUCACUCAACGAUUUUAUCCAAACUGUAAAAAUGCCGACAUUGCCGGACAGUUGUUGAACCACCCAGCUGACAAAUUCAAAGUAUUAAUGGGUGGAGGACGGUCUGGCCUUCAUCCACAAAGUCAAGGAGGAUCACGUAUUGAUGAACGCGAGAUUGAUUUGGAAUGGCAGAAACUGGAUACGUCUCGACGUCUCAUUAAUUCUUUUCAAGAACUGGAAGAUUUCAAGCCAACUACUGAUGAAAAAGUUUUGGGUUUAUUCCAUGAUUCUCAUUUUCCCUAUCAGUUGGAUGAAAAAGCGAAUGGGACAAAGACUGUUCCGAGAUUAGCAGAGAUGACACAAAAAGCCAUUCAAGUUCUCCAAAUAAAUAAUACAAAUGGAUAUUUCUUGAUGAUUGAAGCUGGACACAUUGAUAUGGCUGAGCACUUGAACCAGCUUCGAAAAAGCUUUGAAGAAGUUCUGGAAUUGGAUGACGCCGUACAAAUGGCUAAAACAUUGACUGAUCCAUCUGAAACUUUGAUCAUCGUCACCGCUGAUCAUUCACAUGCUUUAUCUAUGCCCGGCUAUCUGAGUACAUCUCAAGGAAUUUUAGAAACGUUUAAUGUGGAAAACCGCGAUCGUAUGCCUGGAUUCCUUUUCGCUGCUGGUCCUGGAGAGACUACAAGAUCAAAUUAUUCUAAAGAAGAAUCAGAAAACAAAGACUUCGCUGCUCCUUCGCAUAUUUUUACGGAAAGCGGAUACCACGGAGGAGAGGAUGUACCUCUCUAUGCUCAUGGCCCAUACUCAUGGCUUUUUUCUGGCUCUUUGGAGAAUACGGAAGUAGCCUACAGAAUAAAAUAUUUAAUGUGCCUCAACCAUGAAUCAAGACUUUGCAAAAAUUUCAAAAACAAAGAUGCCGAUGAUGAUCUGCUUGGUUCUGGUGAUCUCGUAACACGUGUUCAACCAAAAACUUUAGUGACAAUCACAGUUUUAGCUUUAACAGUGGCUUCAAUAUCUCUGGUCGCGUCACUGACUCUCUCCUUUAUAAUCAUUUGUCGGAAAAUACAAAACAAAAACAAAAACUUCUGUUUCUCCUACCCUCCUGAGUAG